UGAACUGAUAAGAAAGUGCCCUGUAGUUUGUGCCACGAGUCCGUAUAUUGUCUAUUUAAACAACUUUUGUCUUCAUUGCUGUUAAUGCAGUCAAAAUGACUCUGCUUCAACAUUUUCUUCUAUUUGUUUCUUUAUUUGUAUUAUCCUCUUCAGAACUUAUCAUUGAUGUCCAACCAAACGUUCUAUCAGCGGAGAUAACUGCACAACUUGUGAUCAACUGUUCUAUAACCAACAACCAAGUUCAACAUCUGGAUGUUAUCAGAUCUCUAACUCUUUCUCGUUAUAAUGAAACUUUAAAAGAGUUUUUGGAUCUUAUAACUUUAGAAGCUAAAACUUUCAAUCUCUCACAGCUAGUCCAACUACAUCAUGCACAAAUCAGUUUUGGAAAUCUGUAUAUUAGUUUAACUUUACACAAUCCAACUCAGUUUGAUGCCAAAGUUUACAGGUGUAAGGUUGAGGGAGAUAAAACAAAUGCAGCCAACUCAUCUAUAGUGGCUAAGAAAGAGGUAGAAUAUAGAACAAAUAUGACUGCUUUAAUUGAAGAGAUACGACGUUUAAAGAUAGUCGAACAAAACGAUCAAUGUACCUUAGAGAACAAAGAUCUAACAGCAUCUCACCAAAGAACAAAACUCCAUUUUGUGGGAAGCUCAAAAGUUAUCAAAGAACUGAUUGAGCCUCUAACCUUAACAUGUUCACUUCAGGAUCUGGAUCGUAAUUCAACAGUUCAAUUUAUGUACAUUCUUCAUGUACCACCAGUAUCUUGUCGCGAAAUCAUCAGCACCCACAACCGCGUAAUUGUAAAGUUAAUAUCCGGGUUAAAGGUCAUGUGUGAGACCAAGACAGACGGCGGUGGAUGGAUCAUCUUUCAGAGGAGAAUCAACGGAAGUGUAGAUUUCUAUAGAGGCUGGAAGGAGUAUCGUGACGGCUUUGGAGAUUACAACAUUGGUGAAUUUUAUCUGGGAAAUGAAAAUAUUUUUAGCUUAACUUCUACUGAACAAUAUGAUUUAAGAAUUGAUUUAGAAUUUAACAACACAAAAUAUUUUGCGCAAUACGAAAACUUUAAAGUAUUGAGUGAGACUGAGAAAUAUAAACUACAGAUAAGAAACUAUUCAGGAAAUGCUGGAGAUAGUUUAUCACAUCAUAACAACUUGUUCUUUACGACUUUUGAUACAGAUAACGAUUUAGACAGUCGCGAUAACUGUGCAAGAUCUAGUUCAGGUGCCUGGUGGUAUACAGGUUGUCAUUAUUCUAAUCUAAAUGGUCGAUGGGGAAGUACAUCACAUCAGGGAAUGAACUGGUUUCAUUUAACUAGAAACUCUAACAGUGUUUCUUUUACCGAGAUGAAAAUAAGAGAAAGAGAGCAAAACUAUUUUCAUUAAGAAGAGCGAAGCCUAUCAACAAAGAAAUAGUUAGAUAUUUAAAAAAAGAAACAUCAAGAUAUUGAU